CGUCUGGCGUAUAAAAUUAUAAUCCUGGUACUUUUGAUAACUAUUCAUAUAUGUCUUUGGCUUUCAAAUAGCUCAGAUGAGCGUUCAUGAUGAAGGUUGAUACACAUGCUUUGGACGCAACAAAUCCAUCAAAUAUAAUAGUUUUAAUAUGUAUUUGUCUACAUUUUUGGAAUCUCAUUGAUUAAUGUUUAUUCAAUUUUCGACCAUACGCAAAAGAGGUUGAAUACUAGUAGGCCAUACUGGCCUAUAUUGAAAUACAACACUGAUUAAAUAUAUUGGUGUGCGACAAGUUAUGAUCACUCCAUGAUAACAGAAGGUCACUGUUUUUAUGUAAGAUUAUGGUAACUGUCCAAUGAAAAUCAAUUAUGGAUAAUACUCAAAUUAAAAUGGUAAAAGUUGUAGCAUAAGAGAUUUUGUAACUUCAUUUGUUAUUUUCGAAUUCUGUAUAUAAAAUGACGCUUAUUGCGGAAAGUUUAUUCGCUUGUUCCUUUUCUUUGAUUAUUGCAACAACGGUUUUCACCAAUGGAAUAAUCUCUGGACAGAAGAUAGACCCAGAUGCAUAUAGAAACGUGUCACAGCUGAUAACAAGCAAAGGAUAUCCUUUCGAGGAACAUUUAGUGGAGACAGAAGAUGGAUACAUUCUUAGUUUACACAGGAUACCUCCAAAACAUAAACAAGGAAAUAACCAAAGUAGGCCUGUAAUUUUGCUCCAGCAUGGACUGUUGUCGUGUUCGGCCUGCUGGGUGGAAAAUCUAGCCAACCAGAGUCUCGGUUUCAUAUUAGCUGACAGAGGCAUGGAUGUCUGGAUGGGAAACAGUAGGGGAAACACAUACUCAAAACGACAUAAAACAUUGAAACCUACAGAUGAAAAAUUCUGGGACUUUACAUGGGACGAAAUGGCUAAGUUCGAUCUUCCUGCCACAGUAGAUUACAUAGUGAAAACAACCAAUAGCAGUCAGAUAUAUUAUGCUGGCCAUUCUCAAGGGACGGAGAUAAUAUUUGCUGAAUUAGGACGAAAUCAAUCACUAGCUGGUCAAAUAAAACAUUUCUUUGCUCUAGCACCGGUAGCUACAAUGGGAAACGCUACUGGACCUUUCAAGACAGUGGCUCCUUAUGCCCAAUAUAUAGAUACAAUUUUCCAGCUAUUUGGCAAAGGUGAAUUUCUGCCAUCCUCUGACUUCAUUAGCUCGAAUGCGCGCGAGUUCUGUGGCAAUGAUUAUGGCAGUAUUGUUUGUGAAAACUUAAUUUUCUUACUUGCUGGAUAUGACUCAACAGAAAUUAAUCGGACAAGAAUUCCCGUCUACGUAGAGGAACACCCUGCUGGAACAUCAGUUAAAAAUUUUCUACAUUAUGCUCAGGCUGUUUUGAGUGGCAAAUUUCAGAUGUUUGAUUACGGUUCACCAGCAGCUAACAUUGGACAUUAUAAUCAGACAACACCUCCGUUGUAUGAUGCUAGUUUAAUGAAGAACAACGUCUCGCUGUAUUCUGGUGGAAAUGAUAUAAUCGCUGAUCCCACCGACGUCAAGCUAUUACUACAACAGCUCCCUAAUAUAUAUCGCCAUAUCAACAUUACCACGUAUGAACAUUUAGAUUUCAUUUGGGCAACUGGAGCCAAAAGACAAUGCUAUGAUGACAUUGUUUUAACAAUUUUAUCUCGGGAAAACCAUUAACCUAUUCUGGUCAUGCUGUUAUAAGAACCGCUAUAGGAUAAGUACAAGCAAGAGCUCGGUCAUUCUGAAUAGCACAGGCACUGACUCGUCUUUGAAAAAACCAACACAUCUAUAUACCUUAAUAAAG